AUGGUUCGGAAGGGCAAUGGCGGAUGGCGAAUGUGUCAGGACUAUACCGACCUGAAAAAGGCUUGUCCAAAGGACAGUUUUCCUUUGCCCAGGAUCGACCAGCUUGUUGACGCGACUGCCGGUCACGAGUUGCUCAGUUUCUUGGACGCCUAUUCGGGAUACAACCAGAUCUUCAUGCACCCUGCCGAUAGCGAACAUAUGACAUUCAUCACAGACCGGGGACUAUACUGCUACAACGUUAUGCGCGGGGGCAACAUAUCAAAGGCUUGUCAACCGAAUUUUCACCAAACACAUCGGCAGCAUCAUGGAGGUGUAUGUCGACGAUAUGCUAGUCAAGAGCUGAACGGCAGAGGAGCAUUUAACAAACCUGGCCCUCAUGUUCGGUAUACUAAAAGACUACCGAAUGAGACUAAACCCAACGAAGUGUACCUUCGGUGUGUCUUCGGUCAGAGAGGAAUCGAAGCCAAUCCCGAGAAAAUCAAAGCCAUAAUCGACAUGGAGAGGCCGAAGACGCAGAAGGACAUUCAAAGCCACCGAUAA